AUGCCUACAAGAUUGAGCUACCAGACAGAACUUUCUCAAGAGGGAGGGAAUGAUGAGGACAUCAGUAUUCAACUUCCAGAAGAACCCGUUCUGCCAUUUCCGGAAGAACCCGUUCUACCAUUUCUGGAAGAACCCGUUCUACCAUUUCCUGAAGAACCCGUUCUGCCAACAAUGUUACACAAACCUAUGACAAGGUUGGGAGCAAGGACCUUAAGGGAACAAUUCAACAAGUCCAUUGAAAGUCUGAUUACUCUCAUUGAGCUAGAAGAUUCCAAAGAGAAGACUCCAAAAGCAUCAUUUCUACUGGGCUGGAGCGUGCAUGAGAGCUAUGACCAAGGCAUAGAUGUUGGAGGUGUCGCAAUGGGAGGAGUUGCACUAGGUGGCUUUGCGAUAGGAGGUGUUGCGCCUGGCGGUUUUGCAAUAGGUGGAGUUGCCGUAGGAGGUUUUGCAACCGGCGGUGAUGCGGUUGGCGGUUUUGUCAUGGGUGGAGUUGCCAUAGGAGGAGUUGCAGUAGGAGGAGUUGCAACAGGUGGUUUUGCGACAGGAGGAGUUGCGGUUGGGGGCUUUUCCAUGGGUGGACUUGCCAUAGGAGGCUUUGCUACGGGAGACAUAGAUGUGGGAGGUGUUGCAGUGGGCGGCAUUGCAGUGGGAGGAGUUGCAGUAGGAGGAGUUGCAACAGGUGGUUUUGCGACAGGAGGAGUUGCGGUUGGGGGCUUUGCCAUAGGUGGAGAUGCAACAGGUGGAGUGGCGACAGGCGGAGUUGUUACAGGUGGCUUUGCUAUAGGCGGGGUUGCAACGGGCGGGGUAGAUAUGGGUGGCUUUGCUAUAGGCGGAGAUGCAAUGGGCGGCGUUGCUACUGGUGGUUUUGCAACAGGUGGAGUUGCAAUAGGUGGUGUUGUGACGGGCGGCUUUGCGAUAGGAGGAAUUGCAAUAGGAGGAGAUGCUACUGGUGGCUUUGAUACCGGUGGAGUUGCAACGGGCGGUUUUGAUGUGGGAGGAGCUGCGAUGGGUGGCUUUGAAAUCGGAGGAGUGGCGAUUGGAGGCAUUGCUACUGGUGGUUUUGCUAUAGGUGGUGUUGCAACUGGAGGAGUUACGGUAGGCGGUGUUGCAACCGGUGGUUUUGCGAUAGGCGGAGUUGCGACAGGCGGUGUUGCAACAGGAGGUGAUGCAACAGGCGGUGUUGCAACAGGUGGUGUUGCAACGGGUGGCUUUGCAAUAGGUGGGAUUACGACAGGAGGAGUUGCGAUGGGCGGUUAUACAAUAGGUGGGGAUGCUACAGGUGGUUUUGCUAUAGGUGGUGUUGCGACUGGCGGCUUAGCGAUAGGAGGAGUUGCUACUGGUGGUGUGGUUGUGGGAGGUGUUGCCACUGGUGGUUUUGCAAUUGGCGGGGUUGCAACAGGUGGUGUUGCAACUGGCGGUUUUGCGAUGGGUGGUGUUGCAAUAGGAGGAGUUGCCACUGGUGGUGUGGCAACAGGAGGAGUUGCAACAGGGGGUGUUGCGAUGGGAGGAGUUGCAAUAGGGGGCGUUGCGACGGGUGGAGUUGCAAUAGGUGGCGUUGCGACUGGUGGUUUUGCAAUUGGUGGUGUUGCAAUAGGAGGAGUUGCCACUGGUGGUGUGGCAAUGGGUGGGAAAGCUAUUGGUGGCGUUGCAACGGGUGGAGUUGCAAUAGGAGGAGUUGCCACUGGUGGUGUUGCAAUAGGAGGAGUUACCACUGGUGGUGCAGCAACUGGUGGUUUUUUGGUGGGUGGUGUUGCAACAGGAGGUGUUGCGACGGGUGGAGUUGCAACAGGUGGCGUUGCGGGUGGUUUUGCAAUUGGUGGUGUUGCAAUUGGAGGAGUUGCCAUUGGUGGUGUGGCAACGGGUGGCGUUGCAACGGGUGGAGUUGUAAUAGGAGGAGUUGUAAUAGGAGGAGUUGCCACUGGUGGUGUUGCAAUAGGAGGAGUUGCCAUUGGUGGUGCUGCAACAGGUGGUUUUGCGAUUGGUGGUGUUGCAAUUGGAGGAGUUGUCACUGGUGGUGUGGCAACGGGUGGGAAAGCUACUGGUGGCGUUGCAGCGGGUGGAGUUGCAAUAGGAGGAGUUGCCACUGGUGGUGUUGCAAUUGGAGGAGUUGCCACUGGUGGUGUGGCAACAGGUGGGGAAGCUACUGGUGGCAUUGCAAUGGGUGGAGUUGCAAUAGGAGGUGUUGCCACUGGUGGUAUUGCAAUAGGGGGCGUUGCGACGGGUGGAGUUGCAAUAGGUGGCGUUGCGACGGGUGGUUUUGCGAUUGGGGGAGUUGCAAUAGGAGGAGUUGCCACUGGUGGUGUAGCAACGGGUGGGGAAAUCGAUCGCGUUGCAUAA